CGCUCGGGCGGCCGCGAUGUCGCGACAGUUGAGCGUGUCGUGAGGGGCCCGCCCUGCGCUCGGGCAUGUCGCGACAGGAGGGAGGUGUCGUGAGGAGCCCCCGGCUGCGCACGUCCCGAGAUGGCCGAUGAGAACGAGGAGCUGCCGGCCGACGAGGAGCUGCCGGCGCCGGCCGAGGAGGGCUUUGAGCAGCUGGAGAACGACAGCCCCGCGGAGCGCAGCGGGCACGUGGCCGUCACCGACGGGCGCUGCAUGUACGUCUGGGGAGGAUACAAGAACGCCCAGGUGCGGGGGUUUUAUGACUUCUACCUGCCUAGGGACGAAAUAUGGAUCUACAACAUGGAAACUGGAAGAUGGAAGAAGAGCAAGACUGAGGGAGAUGUUCCCCCCUCCAUGUCUGGCAGCUGUGCCGUGUGUGUGGACAGAGUGGUUUAUCUCUUCGGGGGGCACCACGCCCAGGGCAACACCAACAAGUUCUACAUGUUGAAUGCCAGAUCCACGGACAAAGUGCUGCAGUGGGUGAGAGUGGAGUGCCAGGGGGUGCCCCCCUCGUCCAAGGACAAGCUGGGGGUGUGGGUGCACAAGAACAGGCUGAUAUUUUUUGGAGGCUAUGGCUAUUUUCCUGAAGGGAAACAACGUGGAACAUUUGAAUUUGAUGAAACUUCUUUUUGGAAUUCAGGUCUUCCUAGAGGGUGGAACGACCACGUGCACAUUCUGGACCUUGAAACUUUCACUUGGAGCCAGCCCAUAACUACGGGGAAGACCCCGUCCCCUCGAGCCGCUCACGCCUGUGCCACGGUUGGGAACAGGGGCUACGUGUUUGGAGGCAGAUACAGGGAGUCCAGAAUGAACGACUUCUACUACCUGAACCUGGACACCUGGGAGUGGAACGAAAUACUCACCCAAGGCAUCUGCCCCGUCGGCCGAUCGUGGCAUUCCUUAACGCCGAUUUCCUCGGAUCACCUCUUCCUCUUUGGAGGCUUCACCACGGACAAGCAGCCCCUGAGUGAUGCCUGGAUUUAUUGUAUCAGCAAGAACGAGUGGGUACAGUUUGAGCAUAACUACUCUGAAAAACCAAGGCUGUGGCACACGGCCUGUGCCAGCGAGGAGGGCGAGGUGAUCAUCUUUGGGGGCUGUGCCAACAACCUUCUGGCCCAUUCCAAAGCUGCUCACAGUAAUGAAAUCCUGGUGUUCUCCCUCCAGCCGAGAUCUCUCGUAAGGCUGUGCCUCGAGGCCGUGAUUUGCUUCAAGGAGAUGUUGGCCAGCUCGUGGCACUGCCUGCCCAAGCACCUGCUGCACAGCGUGAACCAGCGCUUCGGCAGCAACAACACCUCGGGCUCCUGAGCCCGGCCCCCGCGCCCUUCAGGUGUGUGCUGAACCCUCUGUGUGUAGGUAGUUGCUUCUCGCCCUCCCGUGCAUGUGAAUGGCCUAGAGAGAACCUAUUUUUGUGUGAGAUGUUCCAAUAAAUGUAUUUAAUGCCAGA